AUGAAGGACUGCUCAGAUAGCGUCGUCUGUGUGGAAACGGCAGAGCUGAGCAAGACUGAGUUCUGCAAUCCUGCUUUCGAGCCUGAAUCAGGGCCAUCUUGCCCACUCCCCACCCUCCGGGAGGACGCCAACUGCAGCGCCCGAGCUCCCUGGCAAGGUCGGCAUCCCCGACGGCUGCAGCCAGACUGCCACUUCUCCUGGCUGUGUGUCCUCCUGCUGGCCGGCCUGCUGCUCCUGCUGCUCGGGCUGCUGGUGGCCAUCAUCCUGGCCCAAUUGCAGGCUACAGCCCCACCGGGGGCCACCUACCGUCCACUGCCUUCCCGAGGCCUCGCCACCACUGGCACUACCCCUGCCACCUCCACCACCACCUCCCAGGCAACUGGAACCCCUAAAAGGCAACCGGAGGCAGGAGUGAGCCUCGCACCUCAGUCCGCCUGUGGGGGCCUCCUUCCCGGCCCAAGGGGCUUCUUCAGCAGCCCCAACUACCCAGACCCUUACCCACCCAAUGCCCACUGCGUGUGGCAUAUCCAGGUGGCCACAGACCAUGCAAUACAGCUCAAGAUCGAAACUCUCAGCAUGGAGAGCGUGGCCUCUUGUCUUUUCGAUCGCUUGGAAAUCUCUCCCGAGCCUGAAGGCCCCCUCCUCAGAGUAUGUGGGAGGGUGCCUCCCCCCACAUUCAAUACCAACACCAGCCGCCUCCGGCUGGCCUUCGUCUCUGACAGCAGUGUGGAAGGAUCUGGCUUCCAUGCCUGGUACCAGGCUGUGGCCCCUGGACACGGGAGCUGUGCCCACGAGGAGUUCCCCUGUGACCAGUUCGUCUGCUUGCUGCGUGACUCAGUGUGUGACGGUUUUGCCAACUGUGCUGAUGGCAGUGACGAGACCAACUGCAGUGCCAAGUUUUCAGGGUGUGGGGGGAACCUGACCGGGCUUGAGGGCACUUUCUCUGCUCCCAGCUACCUGCAGCAGUACCCUCACCAACAGCUUUGUACCUGGCAUAUCUCGGUGCCUGCUGGACAUGGCGUCGAACUGCUCUUUCACAACUUCAGCCUGGAAGCUCAGGACGAGUGCAAGUCUGACUACGUGGAGGUGUACGAGGCCCACAACUCUGGGGCCCUUAGCCUCCUGGACAGGUUCUGUGGAGCAGAGCCGCCCCCACGUCUCAUCUCCUCGCACGACCAGCUGGCAGUGCUCUUUAGGACAGACCAUGGUUUCAGCGUUGGGGGCUUCUCAGCCACCUACCGGGCCCUCAACGCCACAGAGAGCCCCUGUAGGCCCGGAGAGGUCUCCUGCCAGGAUGGAGGGUGUAAGAGUCUGCAGUGGAUGUGCAGCACGUGGCGAGACUGCGCCAAUGACAACUGCACCAGCCCCUUGUUCCCACCCCCAGAGCUGGCCUGUGAGCCUGUCCAGGUGGAGAUGUGCGUCGGUCUGAGCUACAACACCACGGCCUUCCCUAACAUCUGGGUGGGCAUGACCACCCAGGAAGAGGUGGUGGAGGUCCUCAGAGGUUACAAGAGCCUGACGAGCCUGCCCUGCUACCAGAAUUUCCGGAGGCUCCUUUGCGGGCUGUUGGUGCCCCACUGCACCCCACUAGGCAGCGUCCUUCCCCCUUGCCGCUCUGUCUGCCAGGAGGCAGAGCGCCAGUGCCAGUCUGGCCUGGUGCUACUGGGCACCCCCUGGCCCUUCAACUGCAACAGGCUGCCUGAGGCAGCUGGCCUGGAGGCUUGUGCCCAGCCCUGA